ACGUUUUUGGAGAUUGAAAACUAGAGAAAUCAUUCAAGAAAAAAGUAAUGGAGACCGAUUUGGAGAACUCUGCUACUCUUGGAAAUAUUGUGUUUGAAGAGAAGAUAAACAAAUCUGGCAGCUCUGGUGAAGAGAGUCGUGCUUUUAUACAAAUCAACAAGGGAGAAAACCAAAGCCAUAUCAAACAAGAAGAGGAUAGCUCCAAGCUUCCUUCUCCUAACAAAAAGGAUGUUCCAACCAUAUUAAUCAAAGAGCAUCAAAUUGAAUCAGCCAAAGCCAAGAUGGGAGAGGUUAAAGAAGAGAAUGAAAGGUUAAAAUUAUUAUUAUCCCAAAUUGUGAAGGAUUACCAGUCUUUGCAAAUGCGUUUCCUUUACAUUCUUCAGCAAGAAGAAGCCAAGAAGUCCACCAAGGCGGCUCCAAGCCAUCAAGAAAAUGAAGAAUCUGAUAUUAUCUCACUUAGCCUGGGGAGAAAUUCUGGUAGUGAGCCUAAGAAAGAAAAGAAAAAUAUCAGCAGCAACCUAGUCAGUAAUGGCAAAGAAGAUGAGAAACCGAAUGGUAAUGAAGGACUUACACUUGGUUUGGAAUGCAAAUUCGACCCACCUGGUUCAACUGAAGUUGAGAAGAACCCAAGCUCUGAAACUAGCUUAGGAAAACCGGAGGAAGAGGAACCAACUGAGGUAUGUCAACCAAGUAAAAUCCUCAAGACUGUGAGAAAUAGAGAUGAAGAAGAUGCGUCAGAGCAAAUGCAGUUGAAAAAAGCUAGGGUUUCUGUCAGAGCUAGAUGUGACACCCCAACGAUGAACGACGGAUGUCAAUGGAGAAAAUAUGGACAGAAAAUAGCAAAAGGAAAUCCACGUCCUCGGGCAUACUACCGUUGUACUGUAGCACCGACUUGUCCUGUGCGAAAACAGGUACAAAGAUGUGCAGAGGACAUGUCCAUCUUGAUCACAACCUAUGAAGGGAACCAUAAUCAUCCACUACCCCUAAGUGCUAAAGCCAUGGCUUCCACCACUUCAGCAGCAGCUUCCGUGCUACAGUCUCAAUCAUCAAGCUCACAACCGGGCCUUGGCACCUCAGUUUCUGCCCCCAGUACUUCCACAUCUUCUGCUGCUAACCUCCAUGGCUUAAACUUCAACUUCGCCCAAAAUUCAAGGCCAUAUCAAUUCUAUUUCCCUAACUCUUCAAUCUCAACUUGCAAUUCUCACCCGACUAUCACUCUUGAUCUUACUGCACCAGCCAACUACUCAUAUUUCAGUAGAUUUUCUAAUGUACCCAGAUGCUCAUCGACAUGUCUCAACUUUUCUUCUUCACCUUCUUCUUCUUUAGAAGGCUUCAAUCCACAAACAUCUUGGAACACUAGCCACUUAACCUUUGGGGCAUUUCCUAACCAUAAAAAUAGUUUCAUUGGGUCAUUGAAUAUUCUAGGAAGGCAACCACCUCAACAACACUUGUACCAAUCUUGCAUGCAAAUGACCAACCCGACUCGUACUCAUCAGCAGUCUUUAUCAGAGACAAUAACAGCUGCAACCAAGGCGAUUACAUCAAACCCAAACUUGAUACGUUCUGCCUUAGCGGCUGCUCUCACUUCCUUCGUUGGAAAUGGAGGUGGUGUGCCAAGAGGCAAUCAUAGUGGAAGUGAAGGGAAGUGGGGUGAGUCACUUCGUCAGAAAACAGCCCACCCAGCAGCUGUAGAGAAUGAAGUAGGCUGUGCAUCAAGCUACAUAGGAAAAUGUUCGUGCAUGAAUCCUCAUCAGCAACAACCAAAGCAAGGAAGCUUACUACUGUUCCCAACUUCAUUGCCAUUUCCAACGUCCAAGAGUGCUUCAGAUCCUCCUCCUCCAAAUAACAGCAAUCAUAUUAAGUGA